UUGAAGCUCCAACCUCUUCAUCAAUGGCGUUCUCCGGCGACCAACCGCCACCUCACAUCGCCAUCAUCCCAAGCGCCGGCAUGGGCCAUCUCACACCUUCAUGCCGCCUAGCCACCACUCUCGCCACCCAAGGCUGCCAUGUGUCCUUCGUCGUCAUCCAUCCUAUGGUUUCCAACGCCGAGUCCAACUCCAUGACCACCUUCUUGUCCAGCUUCCCCUCCAUCCAUCCCAUCCACGUCAACGUCGCCCCACUCACCGGCUCCGGCGAUCCAUUCUUUCUCCAGUUUGAAGCCAUUCGCCAGUCUCCUCACUUGAUCCUCCCUCUUCUCAAUUCAUCUUCUCCACCAAUUACUUCUUUCAUCGUCGACAUCGCUUUAGCUUCCACCUUCUUACCAGCCAUUACUCCAACAGGGAUCAGCACUUACAUCUUCUUCACUUCCUCGGCUUCAAUGCUCGCCUUCUUUUCCUACUUUCCAAUUCACAAGGUUAAUAAAACCGCAGCGGCAACUGUCGGUGAUGUUGAAGUCCCUGGAGUGAGUCUUGUGCCGAUGGCUUCAGUUCCAAUGGCGUUGCAUGAUCCUGAGGAGCUUUUCACCAUCCAAGUACUAGAGAAUGCACGUGCUCUUGUGCAAGCUAAUGGAGUAUUGAUCAACACCUUUGAAGCUCUAGAGCCAAAAGCACUCAUGGCGCUCAAUGAUGGUGUUGUUGUGCCGGGAUUUCCUCCGGUCAUUGCUGUUGGACUAUUGAAGCAACUCUCGUUGAAGGAAAAGAUGGGUUUUCCCUGGCUUGACGAGCAGCCGGAGAGGUCGGUCCUAUACGUGAGUUUUGGUAGCCGAACGGCGAUGUCGGUGGAGUAUAUGAGAGAAUUGGGAGUUGGAUUGGUGAAGAGUGGAGCCAAGUUCUUGUGGGUGAUUAAAAUGAAGAAGGUGGACAAAGAGGAAGAGCAAGUGGAUUUAGAGCAGGUCUUGGGAGAGGAGAUGGUGGAGAGGAUCAAGGAGAGAGGAUCAAUGGUGGUGCAUGGGUGGGUGGAACAAGAGGAGAUCUUGAAGCAUGGAGCUGUGGGUGGGUUUCUGAGUCACUGUGGUUGGAACUCGGUGAUGGAGGCUGCGCUGCAUGGCGUGCCGGUGCUGGCGUGGCCACGGCACGGUGACCAAAGAGUGAACGCCGAGUUGGUGAGGAGGAGUGGGUUAGGGAUUUGGAUGGAGGAAUGGAGCUGGGGAGGUGAAGGGAAGGUGGUGAAGGGGGAGGAGAUUGCGGAGAGAGUAAAGGAGCUGAUGGAGAGCCCGGCGGUGCGCUCGUCGGUGGCGAGGAUGGCGGCGGAGGCGGUGAAGGCUGUUGGAGAGGGUAGAAGCUCUGAGAAAAACUUGGUUGAGUUCAUUGCUAAGUUGAAGGGGUGA